GAGAGACGUCAUUUAUGAGAGAACUUUCUCUUCCUUUUCCGUUUAAAUCGCGUGAAAAUCACUGCAAAAAUGACCGACUCUUCGUGUACAAUCCGCACCCGAAAGUUUAUGACCAAUCGGCUUCUUGCUCGCCGACAAAUGGUUGUUGACGUUCUUCAUCCCGGAAGAGCUCCCGUCUCUAAACUGGAACUCCGCGAACGUCUGGCCAAGAUGUAUAAGACGACACCAGACGUUGUGUUUCCAUUUGGAUACCGAACUCAGUUUGGCGGCGGACGGACCACUGGAUUCGCUUUGAUUUACGAUACUUUGGAUUUCGCGAAGAAAUUCGAACCGAAGUAUCGUUUGGUUCGAAACGGUUUACUCACGAGAACUAAAACCGCAAGAAAACAACGCAAAGAACGUAAAAACCGAAUGAAGAAAGUCAGGGGAACUAAGAAGACUAAAGUCGGCGCCGGAGCCGCCAAAAAGACAAAACAUUAAUUUUUUAUUCGAAUCGCAGGAAAAGUAAACAAAAAUUUGUGAAAAAUUAAUUCAAUAAACGAUUUAUUCUAAAAACGA